CGAACACAGCACGUGACACGUGCGUGAACAGAUCAGCUGAGAGCUCGCAGCCUCGGACUUUCACUCAGGAAAUCCAGGUUUGGUGUACUUGCCUGUAAAGAUUUUCAUCAUGUUUGAGCCAAGUAAAGUUGAUGCAAAUGAGCUGGCACAGAAUAUAGGCUCAAACAUCCAGAGAAUAACAAGGCUCACCAAUGAAAUCCAGCAAAUGAUAAAUCAACUUGGAACGGCACAAGAUUCAACAGACCUGCGACAAAGAUUACAGCAGAAACAGCAAAAUGUCAAUCAUCUUGCUAAAACAACAGAUAAAUGGGUGAAGGAGUUUAGCUCCUUACCUGUGACCACAGAACAGCGGCAGAGGAAAAUCCAGCGAGAACGUCUCAUCACUGAGUUUUCCAACGCCUUGGGUGUCUUUCAAAGGACUCAGCGAGAAGCAGCGAGCAAAGAGAAAGAGUUUGUGGCGCGUGUCCGUGCCAGCUCAAGAGUUUCGAGUGGUGGUACAGAUGAGGUGAAUAUAGGAUUCGCUGCCCCCUUUGGAAGCGAGAUUCAAACUCAGACUCAAAGCUUUGAGGAGAUCACAGAAGAAGACCUGCAGCUCAUUCAAGAAAGAGAAACAGCCAUUAGACAGCUGGAGUCGGACAUCACAGACAUUAAUACAAUCUUCAAAGACUUGGCCGUGCUGGUGCAUGAACAAGGAGACAUGAUUGACAGUAUAGAGGCCCACGUAGAAACCGCAGAUCAGAACGUGCAGUCGGCCACACAGCAGCUGUCCAGAGCCGCAACCUACCAGAAGUCAUCUCGCAAGAAGAUUUGCAUCUUGAUCACUAUCUUGGUCGUGGUUGGCGUCGUUGGUGGUUUGAUAAUCUGGGGUAUUGUCAAAAACUGAGGCUUUCAUCUCCAUCGAACACUCCACAGAAUCUGCACUAAAAUGAAUUAUGGAGGUUUUGUAUUAAAAGUUGUUUUGUAACAUUAAAGGAAUGUUCUGGGUUCAAUGCAUCGACAACAUCUGUGGCAUGCCAUCCAUUAUCACUGAAGGAACAACUUUGAUUACACAGCUCACACGGAUAAAAUGCUUGAUUCUGAUUGGCCAGUUGCGACAUUCCAAGCCUGAAAUCAGGCUUGAACGCACAUAACACAACACACAAAAAUGUAAAUAUAAAUAUGUCUUUUAAUAACAUAUAUGAAAUUAUAUUUACAAAUGAUUAAACCAAAUAGUAUGUUUGUGUCAUUUGAACGUCUUUUCUUAUCUUAAAAUCAUUUUCUCUGCUUCGUGAUCACACUGUCGGGGCUUAUUUUUGCGAUAACAACCUGCUGCCUAUACAUUAUCCCUUAGUUGGUUGAAAUAAGGAAUAGAAAUUCGUAUUUAUGCUUUUACGAGCCUACAAACAAAUCAGCCACUAACUUUUGCUAUACCAUAAUGAAAUACUAACAAUAUGAAUUUGCUAAAAAGGUUAUUCUGUCAUAUAGAAAGAUGCUCAGCCUCAUUUACAUUUAUGCAUUUGGUUUUAUCGCCAAAUAAACUUGCAGUGCAUUACAAGGUAUACAUUUUUAUCAUUAUGUGUGUUCCCUGGGUUCAAACCCAUGACCUUGCAUUGCGCUGAUAAUGCAAUGCUCUACCACUGAGCUAUACAGGAGCACAAAUAGAUGAAGUAGUUAUGGCAUUUAUAAGACAAAACCUGACCCCGACAUGCCACAGAUGCUAUUGAGAUUGAAUUUGUAUUUGACCUGAAACAUUCAUUAGAAUUUGUAGUUUUUUUUCCACUGUAAUCAUAGCCUAUAAUGACAGGACAGUUCAUCUGUCACCCAUCUCAAUUGGUGUAAAAUAUUGUAAGCUUGUUAUAUUUCUGAUAGUAAAAUGACAGUAUGAACUUGCUGCUAGAAAUGUAAGAGCAUCUGGUUUUUAAACUAGACUCAGACACAGAUGAUACACUGCCAGUCUAACGUUUGAUUAAAUAACUCCUAUAUUGAUCAUUUGUGUUAUUUCAUAGUUUUGACUAUUAUUUUUAAACAUAAAAAACAUUAAAAAGAGGAGUUAUUCAAAAUAUAUGACUGGUAGUGUUGUGUCUGCUAGAUUCAGGUCUAAUAUGUUAAUAUUUGAUGUAUAUUGUACUAUAUUUCUGCAAUUUUAAUGUCUAACUAAUUUUAAUAGUCAAUAUAUCCAUACGUCUUUUUAAGUGAAGUCAGGUGAAUUUAAACUAUUAUAAAUGAAAAAGUUAGUGCACUAAAAGUAACCUGCUGUUAUUUAAAGACACUUGUUAUGAGAGAUUUUACCCACUAGAUGGAGACAUACUCAAAUAUUUUGACACAAAUAACUCUAACAAAGAUGCCCAGUUAACUUUAUUUCAUGCAUUAUUUUUUUCCUUUUACAGUAUAAUUCUAAAGCUCUUAUUGUUUUUCAUUAAAUCAUUUUUUGUUUACUUAAAAUAAAUGAACAUUGAACAUAAAAUUAUGUAAAUAAUGCAUAAUUACUGUAAUUAAUGGAGUAAUAAAGAGAAAUGGCGUAUUUAAAAAAAAAAAA